AUGGGUCCUCUGGCUAUAUUUCUGGUCUAUGUACUUUCGUUAACUAGAGCAAGAGCCGCAAGCGACAUAGGUGUCAACUAUGGCCAACUUGGGAACAAUUUACCCUCUCCAUGUCAGUCCAUUGAGUUACUAACAAGAAUGAAGGCUGGUCGCGUGAAGCUCUACGAUGCUAACCCUGAGAUUUUAAAUCUUCUAUCAACUACAAAGCUCAAAGUUUCGAUCAUGAUCCCAAACCAUGAAAUAUCAGGUAUUGCUGCCAACCAAAGCAUAGCAGAUGAAUGGGUGCGAAACAAUGUUGUCCCCUACUUCCCCACAACCAUGAUCCGCUUCCUACUUGUGGGCAAUGAAGUGCUGAGCUACAAUUCAGAACAAGGCCACCAAAUGUGGCACGAUCUUGUCCCAGCAAUGCGAAGGAUCAAAAGAUCUCUCACGGCUCACAACAUCACUGGCAUCAAAAUUGGCACCCCAUUAGCCAUGGAUGUCUUGAAAUCAACUUUCCCACCUUCAAGUGGAAGGUUCCGAUCUGACAUAAGAGACUGUGUAAUGGCACCAAUGCUGAAGUUCUUGAACACAACCAAAUCAUUUUUCUUCAUUGAUGCAUACCCAUAUUUCCCAUGGUCACAGAGCCCCAAAAAUAUUAGCCUUGACUUUGCUCUAUUCAGGGGAAAUUUCAGCGUAAGAGACCCGCACAGUGGCUUGGUCUACACCAAUUUGUUAGACCAAAUGCUUGACUCCCUCAUCUUUGCCAUGUCCAAACUCGGGUACCCCAACAUCCACCUCGUAAUAUCCGAAACAGGUUGGCCAAAUUCUGGCGACAAAGGAGAACAUGGAGCAAACAUAUGUAAUGCAGCCGCUUAUAAUCGCAACCUCAUUCACAGAAUGACAACAAAACCACCCCUUGGAACCCCAGCCAGACCCGGGUUAGCAAUACCCACCUUCAUCUUCUCACUCUUUGAUGAAAACCAAAAGCCUGGGCCUGAAACAGAGCGACACUGGGGCUUGUUGCACCCUGAUGGCUCGCCUAUUUAUGACAUUGACUUAACUGGAAAGACACCUGUGACAGAUUUCGCAUCUCCAAAGAACAAUGUGCCAUAA